UUCAUUCAUGUCGCUUGUCUGUGGAUUGUCGGGUGAGGCGCCCGAGGAGCCGGUCGUGUCGCGCGUGUCGGGCGGCAUCUUUGAGCGCAGGCUCAUCCUCAAGUAUAUCGCCGAGAACGGCCGCGAUCCACUCACGGAGGAGCCGCUGGGCGAGCACGAUCUCAUUGCCGUCAAGGUGCCCAAGACGGUGCGCCCGCGCCCGCCGUCUGCAACAAGCAUCCCUGCGUUGCUCAAGACGCUCCAGGACGAGUGGGACGCGCUCAUGCUCGAGACGUUCAAGCUGAAGCAGCACUACGACCAGUCCCAGAAGGAACUCACGCACACGCUGUACCAGCACGACGCCGCCUGCCGUGUGAUUGCCCGUCUCACCCGCGAGCGCGACGCUGCUCGCCAAGCGCUGGCAAAUGUCCAGGUGUCCAGCCACGCCAGCAACGCUGGUGCGUCCGCGAUGGACACGGAGGGCGACGCUGCCGCUGCCGCCAAUGCUGGCUCGACUACCCUCCCGUCGCAGGUCGUGACUGCGAUGCAGGAGGCCUCCAAGCCUCUGUCCGACGCCCGUCGCGGUCGCAAGAAGCCCGCUGGCCUCACGUCACAGGACGCGAUUGCCCAAUUCCAACAGACGGAGGCCCGCAGUGGCAUCCACUCUGCCAGCCAGCCCGGCAUCUUGGCGCUGGACGUUCACGCCGCUGAUCCCUUCCGCGUCGUCACCGGUGGCGCUGACAAGACUGCCAAGCUGUUUGACCGCUCCUCUGGCCAGGUCACUGGAACUCUGUCGGGCCACAAGGGCGCCGUCAAGUCCGUGCUCUUCCACCCCUCCUCCGAUGUUGUUGUCACUGGCUCUGCCGAUCGCACUGUUCGCGUUUGGACGUCCAGCAAUGAGAGCUGCCAGCAUGUCAUCCAAGCUCACACCAAGGAAGUCACAUCCGUCACCCUUCAGCCGACGGGCCGGUAUGUUGUGAGCUCUGGUCUGGACGGCAAGUGGGCAUUCUCUGAUAUUGAAACUGGCGCGACGUAUGCCAAGCAACACGAUCCUCAAUCGAGCGGUCUGACCACUGCCCAAUUCCACCCCGACGGUCUUAUUUUGGCAACCGGCUCGGUCGAUGGCGUUGUCCGUAUCUGGGAUGCCAACGAAAUGACCAACGUGCUAAACUUCUCCGAGCACACUGCGCCCAUCACCAGCGUGGUCUUUUCCGAAAACGGUUACUACAUGGCUUCUGCCGCACAAGACCGAACUGUGCGCUUGUGGGACUUGCGUGCUGCCUCGCCCCAGUCCAUCCAGCAAAUGCAGGUGGAAGACACGGUGCACGCACUUGCCUUUGAUCUCAGCGGCACAUAUCUUGCUACUGCUGGCCCCGAUAUUCGAGUCUUCCUCGCCAAGCAAUGGAAGCAAAUCGCCCAGUUUACUACCCCUACAGCUACCAGCACGGCCAUCAAGUUCGGCCCGAAUGCCAGCUUCUUGACGACAGCCGGCAUGGAUCGGCAUUUGCGCGUUUUCUCAACCCCUUCUUAAGAGAUUUCUUAAUUUUUUUUGUUGUUUUUGUUGUUGUUGUUUGUUUUGCACUGCAUUUCUGCCGUCACUUUUGUCGCUGUCGACGUUUCCGGCCGCACAACGCUGGAAUACAACGAGUAAAAC